UUUUUUGUACACAAACUCAUUUCGAUUUAAAUGGAUGAAACAUUUGUUUUUUUGUAUAUUUUUAUGAAUUUCAUUUAUUGACGAUCCAUAAGUUUUGUCUACUAUCUAUUUGGUUUGGUUCUAGGUUAUUGUUUUUUUUUCAUUCAAUUUCGUUUCGUGUAAAGUGUGUUUAUUUUUUUUCAUUUAAUGAUGAAUUAUAAUCUUUGAUGGAUAACAUAAUUGCAACCAUUAGCCCUUUGGUGAAAUAUAAAAAGUAUGCUGUAAAUUGCAUAGUCUUCACACUAUCAAUGCGAUUCUAUGAUAAAAGUGUUGAGCAACAAAACAACUCUAUUAUUAUUUUCAACGAAUCCGAUUACCCGUUGUAAACAAAAACAAACUUUCUGAAAAAAUUACAUGCAUUGAAUAACAGAAGAAAUUUUUUCUUGAUCCCCCAGGCCGAUUGCCUGAAGUAUAAACUAAUCUUUUGGAUUUAUUUCCAACUUUCAUUUUACUUGUAUAAAAUAACGACUAUAAUCCCGAAUGGAUGUUGAGAUUUCUUCGAUGAACAACAAUCCAUUAUUAUUCGACUAUUUACGUUUAUGACAAAAAAAUGCUCCCAACAUUUCCAAUAAUACUCUAUAUUCCAAUCUGACCAACCAUCACAAAACAACAUUUCUUUGAAUUAUAAUAUGUUAUUGAUUGAAUCAAACAACCAACUCACCAAGAGAAAGACUGAAUUUCCUCCGUUCUGGUUGUCGCCAAAUCUUUUUGCUUAAAUCCUGUAGUUUAUUAUUGAUUGUCAUUCACUUUAUCUGACAGUCAUCAAAGAUUUCAGACGUGAAACUCAAUUUAAUCUUCACCUAUGGAACAACAACUAUUUUGGAAUUCAACGAUUAUUCGUUUGAAAAUCUUGAAUAAAUUUUCAUUUUGUCAUUUUAUUGUUCUUGCCACAUCCUUUAUAUUGAUUGAAAAAUUUGCCCUCGCCAAUGGCAAGAAUUCGUCCACAUCAAAUGGCAAACUAAUGCUCAAUAAAUUCUCUUUAUUGGAUGAGAAUACUUUUAUUGAAGAAUCUCUUUUUCCCGAAAACGAUUUUCGUUGUGGUUCAAUAGUCAAUCUUACAACUAAAUAUGGUUUCGUCAAGAACCCACACUACCCUAACAGUUAUAAAGUUCCAAUUGUUUGUCAAUGGAACAUUAUCGGAACAUCACCCGAUGAAAUUAUAACUAUCAGCAUUGACGAGCUUGAUAUAGAAAAUCCGAAUGAACAUUCGAAAUAUUGCAUAGAUUCCAUCGAUUCAAAACAAUGCUGUACCGUAAAUUAUCUACGAAUUCAAUCGUUGAAUAGCGAUCGGUAUUUCUGCGGUAAAUCAAUUCAUAGUGCAUCCAAUGUUUAUAUUUCCGAAACAAAUUUCGUCUCUGUCAUAUUCAAUGCAACCUUAAAUCAGAAUAAUGCUGUUGGAUUUUAUUUCUCUUAUUUUAUAACGCCUAAAUCAAAUACGCAAUGUUAUGCAAAUGAAUUUCAUUGCCUUAAUGACAAAUGUAUCCCGAAAAAAUGGAAAUGUAAUAACAAGAAUGAAUGUGGUGAUGGAUCCGAUGAAAUGUCUUGUGACCUAACCUCGGAUUUUAUUAAAUGCGACAAUGAUGAUUCAAUGGGCUAUUAUCACAUCUCGAAACGAUGUGAUAAUAAAAUCGACUGCGAGAACAGAUCAGAUGAAUUGAACUGUACAUACUGUGAUUCAAAUCAGUUUCGAUGCCUUUCUCCACAAUCGUUGAACAAAUGCAUCAAUCUCACAUUGUUAUGUAAUGGCAUUCCCGAUUGUCAAGAUUUUUCCGAUGAAACAAAAUGUAACCAUUGUCCUAGUAAAAAAAUAAGAUGUGGUACAAUGAAUCAUUGUUAUGAUCCGAAACUUCAUCGAUGUAAUCGAAUCCUCGAUUGUCCGAACGGGGCUGACGAACUAAAUUGUUUUGAACAUUGUAAAGGUAAAAUCAUGUGUGCUUCUGGUGAUGGAUGUUAUGAUCUUGAAGAACGUUGCAAUGGUAUUGUCCAGUGUGCUGAUUAUUCAGAUGAAAAAAAUUGUACAUUAGAGUUAUGUCGACCAGAUAAAGGUAGUUUCCUCUGCACAAAUGGUAGAUGCAUACCAUCAAUUUGGACAUGUGAUCGUUCAGCCGAUUGUUAUGAUGGAAGUGAUGAGAUGCGUUGUCUAAAAAACAGUGUCAUUACUGCAGCCAUAAUUGGAUCGUUAAUUUGUGGCCUAUUGAUUGUGAUUGCUAUCAGCUGUGGUUGCAAAUUAGUCGCGCUUAGACACUUGGAACAAUAUCGUACAACUAUGGCUACGAAUGUUUCAAAUCCUGCUCCUUUUAGAAAUAUGGAUUUCCCAUUUCCAUCUUCCGGUGAUCUUGAUGCCUCAUUAUUUCGAUUAGAACAUUCUGUUUUAUUUCGCGAACCACCACCUAGUUAUGCAUCAACCAUGGGAGGAUAUCAUGAUGUAAAUGGAAUAAAUAAUUCGUAUAUGGAUCAAUAUCGAAGAUAUAGACGUCAAAGACGUUGUCGUCGAAUGUUACGACGGCAACAUCGAAAUGCACAACAACAACAGUCGGUCGUCCCAAUUAACACCUCUACAAAUUUGGUCAUCAAUCCUAGCCAUUCAAAUGAUCAUCUAAAUGAUCAACCAAUAAAUUCUCCGACUAGUGAGACAACAAUUGACAUCAAUUCGAUUGCCAUGACGGAAAACACUCCUACAGCUCAUCAAGACUAUUUUAGACAGAUAGAAGAUCCAAACAGCAAAAAGAAGGAGGUUCUAUCGAAUGAUGAAGAGAUUAUUGAUUCUAAUAGUGAUGUUGAUCACAACCACAUUCAAUCGAUAAUAGUCGAUUCCAUAAAUACUCAACAACACAGUAACAACAGUGGCAAUCAAGACAAUCUCAAUAUUGAGCUCGAACCUAUUCCACAUCUAAACAAUUUCGACUGUGAUUCUCAACCACUCAUCAAUAGAUGAAUUAACGAUGAUUUCUCAUAUUUUUCGUCAUUUAUUAAUUGUUAUAAAUCCCUCCAACAUUAUUUGGUCUCAUAGUAAGAACCAACUCAUAUUUGAACACUAAUUCUGCAUAAAUACUCACUUUUAUCGGUGAUUAUAUUGUUCAUAUCAAU